UUAGAUCAUAUGUGGAAUACUAUUAUUUUUAAAAAUUUAUGUUAAUUUAUGUAUUUGUAGGAACUACCUACAAAGGAGCAAUUGAUGAUGUUGAUAUGAUCCUACAAAUACUUGAAAAUUGUGGUUAUUCCAAUGAUAGGUUUUACAUCCAUUGUGAUGCUGCACUAUAUGGGUUAAUUGUCCCCUUCAUCAACCAUGCGAAAAUAAUUACCUUCAAGAAGUCAAUAGGCAGUAUUUCAGUUUCAGGCCACAAAUUUUUGGGAUGUUCCAUGCUUUGUGGAGUUCAAAUAACAAGGAAAACUUACAUUGCUACUAUCUCAAAAAGAGUUGAGUAUAUUGCCUCAAUAGAUAAUACAAUUUCUGGAAGUCGAAAUGGUUUGGCACCAAUAUUCUUAUGGUACAGUUUAAGCAUGAAAGGUCAUGUCGGAUUGCAACAACAUGCCAAAAUGUGCUAUGAAAAUGCUAGGUAUUUGAAAGACCGGCUUCAUAAAGCAGGAAUUAGUGCUAUGCUCAAUGAGUUAAGCAAUAUCGUGGUGUUUGAACGACCUUGUGACGAUAAGUUCAUUCGUCGUUGGCAACUAUCUUGCACAAGAGAUACGGCACAUGUUGUGGUUAUGCCAGGCACAACAAAAGAAAUCAUAGACAAUUUUUUCAAGGAUUUAAUGCAAGAGAGGGAAAAAUGGUGUGGAAUAACUUUGGCUCCUUGUCUAGCAGAUGAUAUAGGUUCUCAAAAUUGUCUAUGCUCCUAUCACAACAUGCAUCACUAAAAUUCCGUUGGAAUGGUCUUGAUUAUGGAGUAUGUUGGAGUGACUCAAAAAUUGUUAUUAGAGUUUGAAAAUAAAUUUUCAUGUGUCUUUUUAUUUGAUUUUUUAAAAUUUAUAUUUUGAAAUGAGAAGUGUCUCAUUAUCAUCUUGUUUGCAACAAAUUUUGAAUAUGUGGAAAGU